AAUGGCGAAUUUAGCCGCUGCUGCUGCGGCUGCAGCUGCCGCUGCUAUCGCCGCGAAUAGAGACCCAGCCGUUGAUCGUUCAUUACGAUCAGUGUUUGUGGGGAACAUCCCGUAUGAAGCUACAGAGGAGCAGCUGAAAGACAUCUUCUCUGAAGUGGGACUUGUUGUUAGCUUCAGGUUGGUGUAUGACAGGGAAACAGGAAAGCCAAAGGGAUAUGGUUUCUGUGAGUACCAGGACCAGGAGACGGCCCUCAGUGCCAUGCGGAACCUGAACGGGAGAGAGUUCAGUGGUCGAGCCCUCCGUGUCGACAACGCAGCCAGUGAGAAAAACAAGGAAGAGCUCAAAAGUUUGGGAACAGGAGCCCCCAUCAUUGAGUCUCCUUAUGGAGACAACAUCCAGCCACAGGAAGCCCCAGAGUCCAUCAGCAGAGCUGUGGCCAGUCUUCCCCCCGAGCAGAUGUUUGAACUUAUGAAACAGAUGAAGCUGUGUGUGCAGAACAGUCCCCAGGAGGCGAGGAACAUGCUGCUGCAGAACCCUCAGCUGGCCUAUGCUCUGCUGCAGGCCCAGGUGGUCAUGCGGAUUGUUGACCCUGAGAUCGCCCUGAAAAUGCUCCACCGUCAGACACCCGUCCAGCCUCUGAUUCCCAGCGGGCCGGUUGGAGGAGCACCGCCGCUCAACCCCCCUUCUGCUCCGCCCAGCGUGCCGGUCCCUCAGCCGCAGCCGGUGCCUGGAAUGCAUGUCAAUGGAGCCCCUCAAAUGAUGCAGCCCCCCAACAUGGGGGUUGUCCCUGGACCAAUGCCUGUUCCAGGACCAGGACAAGGACCGGCACCAGGACCAGUCGGGCCUCCAGGAAACCUUCAGCAUUCUCCCACAGGAUCGUCUGGGCAAGCUGCUAUCGAGCGGCCUCAAGGACCAGGCGGUAUCCCCCCCAGAGGCCUGCUGGGAGACGGUCCCAAUGAUCCCAGAGGAGGAACUCUACUGUCUGUCACAGGAGAGGUCAUCGAGCCCAGCCGGGGUUACAUGGCAGCUCCACCGCCCCACCAAGCCCCACCUGGACACAUGGCCCAGAUGCCAAGUGGACCCCCUCCGGAUAUGAGAGGCCCUCCAAUGGACAUGAGGGGCCCACCCAUGGGUGAACCACGCAACAUGAUGGGUGACCCCAGAGGGCCCCCUAUGAUGGAGCAACGCGGACCCCCAAUGGAAACCAGAGGUCGUGACCCGAGGGCGAUGGACGCCCGUGGUCCGGUGACGGGUCAGAGGGUUCCCAUGGCCACGGGAAUGCAAGUCCCCGUUCCUCAUAGCAUGGGUCCGAACGCACCUCCACCUGCAAGACCGGGUCCUGGUAACUCUGGCGCUCCUCCGUCAGGAGGAGGAUUCAGUCCGGGGCAGAGCCAGGUCUCCACACAGGACCAGGAGAAGGCUGCCCUGAUUAUGCAGGUCCUGCAGCUGACCCCAGAACAGAUCGCCAUGUUGCCCCCGGAGCAGCGGCAGAGCAUCCUCAUCCUCAAAGAGCAGAUUCAGAAGACUGCAGGAGGGGCACCUUGAUGGACUCUCCACCCCGCUGACUCGGUCACCUUCAGCUCCAACCGUUCUGAAGACGUCUCAUCUUAGUUUGGAAUAUUGUAUAGUUUUUUUUUCUACUCAGAUUGUCUGUUUGUGUAUGAAAGAGCCAGGUUGUUGCUUGUGGGUUUAAAAAUAAGUCACACAUUUGAGUGGAUGAUGAAUGCUGAACAGAUUAAAAAAAAAAAAAAAGACCAGGGAUUGAUUGUCAUGAGGUUUCAUCUUUUUUCAUGUUAUCGGCUCUGGAAAAUGUCUGGAUGUUGUUUUUAAUUUCAAUAAAACAAAAGAAGACAA